AGUGACGACAACCGACGCGUGCGCAACUUGACAAUAUCCAGCAUUCCAAGGUUGCUCGUCGUUCGAAAAGUCUUCCUAUGUUGCGAUGGUCUAAACCACUCGUUCGAUCUACAUACUAAGUCAUAGCAUUCAUCAUGGACCACGAAAGCCUGCGCACAGCAUCGACGUAUCUCAAUAAUCUCUUGCUCGCACGUGGCCUGCUCCGCAAUGUCGAGCCUAUCGACUUUGUCAAGCCGUCGAAAGAAAGUCGCGCACAAAUCAUCAACCUCGUACACGACUUAAUUCUUCGUGACGAUCGCGCCAAAGAUGAGCGAGAAAAGAUCGCCGAGACCAUUCGGAAUCUACGCACAGAAAACGCAGCCAAGACGGCCCAGAUUGAGCGACUCACGACCAAAGCCGAGGAGCAUUCUCGUACGGCAGUGCAGGCUCAGGCAGGAGAGCGCACUGCCCAGACAGAGCUGAAAAAGGUGGAGAAGGCUAUGAAAGCGUUGCAGGACCAGACAGCGAAAUUGAAGACUACCCUUGCUCAGGUCAAGACACAAUGCACCAACGAUGUCCGCAAGCGUGACCUAGAGCUCGGUCGGCUCAAAACACAUUUACAAGGUCAGCAGCGAGGUAACAAGAUUGGUCUGGCUGCACCGACCAUGCACAUUCGACAGUCGAGCGACAAAAAGUCGAAUGGCGAUGCAGCUGCGCGGGACAUUCGCGAUGCCGAAUACAGCUUGAAGCAAGAGACAACCGAGUUCUUGACCCAGCUGGGCCAGAGUCUGAGCGAUGAGAAUGAUGGGCUCAUCAACAUUGUUCGUAGCUCCCUCGAAACGCUCAAGGACCUUCUGGGAUUACAAUCGGAGCAACACCCUGACAGCGCAAUUGGCAGCCUGGGUAGUGAGCAAGGGACAGGCACGGUCCCUAAAGGCAAAAGUGAUACUGCCGUCGUACAUGCACUGCCAGCAUCGCAUGAGAAGCUCGCGAGCGACAUGAACUCAACACUGUCGCAUCUCAAGAACCUCCUCACCAACCCAAAUUUCGUUUCUGUGGAAGAAGUCGAGAUUCGCGAGGAUGAGAUCGGUAGACUCCGGACAGGGUGGGAGAGGAUGGAACAACGCUGGAAAGACGUUAUUCACAUGAUGGAAGGUUGGCGUAAGCGCAUGGACACUGGCGAGACAAUCAACAUGGAUGAUCUUAGAAGGGGCAUGGGUCUAGUAUCGCCAGAUCGGGAUCGCCACGAUGCGCUUCUACCGGUACAGGAGCAGAGUUUCAUGGACAGUGAACUCAGUGAGAUUCAGAUGCCGGAUGUCAGCGAGGUGCACGAAUCCAGUCUCAUUGCACCAGCACCGCCGGUACACAAGCAGCCGCUUGUGAAUCACCCAAAGCGGAAACGCGACGCGUUGGAACCACCUGAAUCGUUCAAUCUUCGACCUACAUCGAGAAGUCGAUCUGAGAAGACAUCGGCUCGUGCAGUUGAGGCAGCCCCAGCUGCGCCAACUUUUGAGGAUGACGAUGGCGAAGAGAGCGAGGAACUUGAGAUCCCUCAACUGAGCAUCGAAGAGAAACUCAACGUGGCACAAGUCGAAGCUGAGAAGGCUGUACGAGAGAAGAGCUCUUCGUCCACGACCGCGCGGGAAAGCAAGAUUGCUCGCUCAACCCGGGCUCUCAGUGGGACGGAAAGUGGGCGGCACGAGGGACAUGGUGUCAUUCGCGAAACGAGCGCCGACGAGGUGCUUGGGAGGGACAAGCCGGCCCCGAGUGCCAUUAGCCCCAUGGCGAAACGAACUAAGAUCCGUGGCCGACCGAGGAAUAGGAAGAGCACGCUGAGCCCCGAUGAGCUGGCGGCUUUGAUUGGUGCGGAUGAUGCAUAACGAAUACCAAGUGUGAAGGUCGAGUGCCUCCUCGACGACUUCUAUGAUUUUUGUUUUUGGUGAUGACAAACACUUCGCUUUCCUGUUCAUUUGUUGAGACAGACACAUAAUUUCAAAAUUCCCACCUGAUCAUUACGGAAGCAAUCAUUCGAUG